AUGACCAAAGACUCAUCACACACCUACAUCCAUCUGCAUCGCAGCCACCAUGCCGAUCUUCUGGAGGACUUCAAUCGCACCCAUCUACCUCAUGAAGAGAUCUAUGUGCCACCUCAACACCAGCCUCUGAACCCAGAUGACGAAGACGAUGUUGUUCCAGAGCAGCACGCCGCUUUCGGCAUCCAAAGAGCCACUCAACGUCAGCAAGAACCUGCUUGGCGUGAUCUUGGUCUAGACAGGAUUUUGAAUGAAGGCCCACCGAAGAGUCAAAGACAAAACGAGCAACUAUCAAAAUCUCACCGGGCACAAACUUCCCUCUCAACCGACAAUUACCUCGAGAUAUUCGAUCUUGCCUCACGACAGAGUUAUGAGACACCUGACACAAUCUGUGUUCUUGACGAUCCCGAUCACAACUAA